GGUUACUCCAUAGCCAUAGCACUCGGCUUCCUUUUCCUCCUCUCCACAAUCAUCCUCUCUUCCUACCUCUGCUGCCGCGCUCUCCGCCACAACAACGACAACAAUAACCGCCGCAGGAACCAAAACGACGGUGUCGUUUUGCCACGUGUCAUUUUCGUAGCUGAGAACGACGUUGAAAAUAACCAGCCUGGUGGAGGAAACGACAGCGCCGUUUUGGGUCUGGACCAGAUCGUAAUUAACUCGUACCCUAAGUUUCAGUUUAACGGCAACAACGACGUUGAUGUUGACAGCAUGUGUUCGAUUUGUUUGUGUGAGUACAAGGAUUCGGAGAUGCUGAGGAUGAUGCCGGAGUGUCACCACUGCUUCCACGUGUCAUGUCUUGAUUCGUGGCUCAAGCUUAAUGGCUCUUGCCCUGUUUGCCGGAACUCUCCGAUGCCGACGCCGCUACCCACGCCGCUGCAGGAGGUGGUGCCGCUCUCUCUCUAUGCCGCUGAUAGGAGGGGAAGGAGUUGAGUUGAGUUGACUUUUUUUUAUUUAACAAAAAAAAAGCAUUUUAGUAUAAAAAUUAGAAUUUAAUUUUAAUGCAUGAAAUUUUUUAUUGGAGCAAUCAAUUAAGUAAUUGACCGUGUGAAUAAUCAUUCAAAAGAACGAAUAUAAUUAUAUGAUCUGUACAUCAAAAUUAAAUUCUAAAAA